UUUCCUCCUAACUCUGGUUCAUUUUGGUGGUUGCCCUCGUCCCUGUCGCGCCUCCUCCUUUUCCCUUUCGAUGUCUGGAACUGCAAAUCUUCAUUUUGAUCUCAUGAUUGAUGAUUCUGCGACUUAAUUCUUUCGAAUCGUCUGUUGUUCUUCUCAUCCGUUCAAAUUUCUGUUCAUCGGGCUUCUCUGUUAAUUGGUUCCUCUUGUAAUAGCACUCACUCCGUUGAAUUCGAAGGCUUACUCUACACCCUUCUUGCUAUGCGAUUGGAUUAAGAUCUUAAUUUAUGCCUUCGAGUUUGUGGCUUAUCAUGCUCCUAAGAUUCUGGAAAUGUUAAGGCUUGCACCGGGAGAACUAUGGCUUUUAUGGCUCUUAGAAGGAAGUUGGGUGAGAAUGUUGUGCAGGAAUUCAUGCUUCAACGAUGCUAUAGCUCUAAAGUCGACCUUAAGAAGCUCCGUCCGAUGAUUUUGAAGAGACUUCAAAAUCGGGCCAAUAACUAUCCUAUUAAGGGUAUGAUUCCAGUGGCACAGGAAGUCCUUGAAGCUAGGGCAAAGCUUAUUCAUGGAGUUUCCACUCUUCUCAAAACUUUUCCGGUUCUCUCUUGCAAAUUUUGUCCAGAAGUAUAUGUUGGUGACAAAGGUCAUCUAAUACGAAGUUGCGGCGGUUACAAACAUGGUGCGAAGAAUCGAGUUCAUGAAUGGAUCAGAGGUGAUUUGAAUGAUAUCCUUGUCCCUGUAGAAUCAUUUCACCUCCGUCACAUGUUCCAAGAUGUUAUUAAACACGAUGAGAGGUUCGACUUCGAUCGUGUUCCAGCAGUUGUUGAGUUAUGCUGGCAAGCUGGAGCCAAUCCAAAUGAUGAGAAUCUGUCUUCAAGCACUUGGAAUUCAGAUGGCGAUGGCAAUGGCAAUGGCAGGGACGAACAUUUGUCGAGUCAUGAACUGAUGGUUUUAGCAAAUACAACUAUCAGGGCAUGGGAAACAGUUAGAACAGGCGUGCAAAAACUGUUAAUGGUAUAUCCUACUAAGGUUUGUAAACACUGCUCAGAAGUUCAUGUUGGGCCAUCAGGACACAAGGCUAGACUUUGUGGAGUAUUUAAAUAUGAGAGUUGGCGAGGAUCCCACUUCUGGGAGAAGGCAGACGUAGAUGAUUUAGUUCCUCCAAAGAGUGUAUGGCAUCGGCGAGCACAAGAUCCUCCCGUGCUCGUCGAUGAAGGGAGGGAUUACUAUGGACACGCACCAGCAGUGCUGGCUCUUUGCUUACAGGCUGGUGCCAUUGCACCCUCUAAGUAUCAUUGUAUGAUGAAAGUUCAAGGCUUAUCACAUCAUAGUCAACUCAAGUGGAGCUUGCCCAAUUCAGGACCUUCAGGUGAUCAUGGCUAAUUUCCUUUAUAUUUUUUAUUUUUAAAGCAUAUAGAUAGAGAAACAUGAUAUAUUAUCAAGCAUGGAAACUUAAGAAGGUUACUGAAAAGCUUUGUAGCUCACAAAGUUCAAUAAUUUUGAACCUGAGAUUAUAGUUGGAACUUCAUAAAGAAUGUUUUGUAGAAUCACCUUCAUUCUUUUCAUUAGAAACACAAGUAAUGGGAGGCACUUUAUGGAUGAA